GGUCGGAGCAGCGGGGCAGUAUGGCUGUCCACUUGCACCCCACCACUCGGCUGCUUACGGUGGAGACAACUACCAGCAUAGCCCCCAACCAACCUACCAGCACAGCCCGCAACCAGCCUACCAACAGGCACCACAACCAGCCUACCAACAGGCACCGCAACCGACUUAUCAGGAAGCACCGCAGCCGACCUACCACCAGGCACCGCAGCCGACCUAUCAGCAUAGUCCCCAGGCUACCUACCAGCCGAGUUACCAGCCGGCUGCGACCAGCCAGCCUGCGUCACACUAUGCGACGCAGCCGCGACGCAGGCAGCAGCCCGGUUACCGUCCGAGCGUGCCGACGCCGCGCAAGGAGAUGUUCGACGUCAGAGCGGAAACGGAAAAGGAGAGGAACGCCAUAUUGGGACAG